CUUACUACAACUACCUACUUAUUAUACUUAAUUUAAUCAUACCUUUAUUCAAUCCUAACUUGUCAGAUGCCUUUCAAGCGCAGUAGUUUCAGAAAUCACUGCACAUUCUAGGUAGUACUUUGUCGCAGUAACAUGCCCCGGUAGGUUACAAAUGUGAAUUUGAAAAGUAAAACAAUGCCAAACAAUGUCUCCAGCCGCUUUUGAGGCCGAAUGCAUCUUUAUCAAAUAUGAUAACCAGCGAAUCCCAUGCCCAAAUAUCACAUUAUAAUUUCAUAAUUUUCCAAAAAGAAACAUGCAGGGGAUCGUCCAAAUUACAUAUGGUGAGUGUGGGUGUGAGAUGUAAAGCGCGAUGACACCGAGUAUUUAACACUAAGAGUCGCCCGCGCCGCCCGCUCAGUCGCACGCCGCCCGCGACCCAUACGCAGGCUCUCGCGGAAACUUAUCUAUCAUCUAAAACCUUAUUCUAGAGCUGCUGAUGAAUUAAGCUCCCUGGUAUGGGGUGGAACACGGUUCUCUGGUGUGCACUGUGGUUGUUAUGUACACACACAGUCGCGUCCCCGCGAUCAGACAAAUUAUCCUUCGUGAGAAGUGCCGUGGAGACGGUGCCUGAACAUGACCCAAUACCUGCGCCUAUACGAGCGUCAGUUGAAAGCAUUCCUCUGAGAAGUCUUCGAGAUGAAGGGGAUGAAAGACUGCCAUUGCGUGAUGCAGUAGAAAAGAGACCCAUUGAAGUAUUAAGCGACGAAUCCUUGCGCGUAAAUGUAGAGGACGUUGAAGAUAUUCCAGUAGGAGAUACGGACAACCUCAGACAAUAUUAUGGCGCUGCAAAUUACUUGAACAAGUUCCAGCUGGGAAAUGCUAAUCUACAAGAAAUGCAGCAGACGCCUACUGGUCCAGCCACAAAGAGACUAAUAGUGUGCUACGUGGAGUCAUGGGCAGCGUACCGGGUGCCUCCGCUGGCGUUCACCGCGGGCCUAGUACCUCAGACCUGCACCCACCUCCAUUAUGCCUUCGCUGUGAUGCAUCCACACACCUAUGCUCUGAUGCCGGCAAAUGAAGAUUAUGAUAUAAUUAAGGGCGGGUACCGAAUUGCAGCAGGUUUAAAGCGAAGAAAAACAGGCCUGAAAGUGAUGUUAAGCGUCGGAGGCGACGGAACCGAUCGGCUGUUCAGCGAGAUGGUGCAGGAGUCCAAUAGACGAAGCAACUUCAUAGACAGCGCAGUGAGCUUCUUGAGGGAACAUGACUUUGACGGUCUCGAUCUUCACUGGAUUUAUCCAGGUGAACGAGAUGAAGAAGAAAAAGACAUGUUUACAUCCCUGCUGUACGAACUGCGAGAAAAAAUGUCGCCAUACGGACUUCUACUUGCUACGGUCUUACCUCCAUUCAGGUAUCAGAUCGAAGACGGAUAUGACCUAGCUGCCGUCAGCGGCGCGGCCGACUACGUGACUCUGCAGGCGUGGGACAUGACGCAUGGGAAACGGGACGAGCCUCCAACGAAGGCUGUCCAGCAUAGCGCCCUCCACCGCGACCCUGGCGCUGCGUCUAGGGACCAGCGAUACGAUAACAUUGAAUUCAUGGUUAAAUAUAUCCUUCGUCAUGGCAUGGCUCCCGAGAAGCUAGUACUCGGGGUGCCUUUAUUCGGCCGGAGCUACACUCUGGCGAGCUCCACGCUGACUUCGCCCGGGGCGCCCAUCAGCGGUUGGGGCCAAGAGGGGCCUUAUACGCAAACUAAAGGACUCCUAGCUUAUUUUGAGAUAUGCAUAGCUGAACGCGAAGGUAAAGGCGUAACCGGGACUGACGAAGCCGGUAAUGCUUACGCAGUUUUUGAUGACCAGUGGGUUACAUAUGAUUCACAAACAACUAUUGCCGAAAAGAUGAGAUUCGUCAUGAAUUUAGGCUUGGCUGGAGCAGCGGCCUGGGCUAUAGACAUGGAUGACUUCCGUGGACUCUGCGGCUCUCCCUUCCCCUUACUAAGCACAAUUUCUACAAUGCUAAGCAAUGAACCCGUCCAAAGUGAUCAGUCUUCCUUAAAAAUUGGAUCCUGUGAGUCGAUGAUGCCUUACUUGGCGUCGGAUGAAGAGUCUUGCGCCCAUUUCCACUUCUGCACCGGCGGUAUUAACUUCAGGAUGGUUUGCGAAGAUGAACGUCUUUACGAUCCUUCCACGGGUUUCUGCGGACACCAGGAUGUUACCAAGUGUCUACCGGGUCAAAGCCUUAGGAUCAGCGUGGAGGAAGCAGCACGACUAUUACCUCAUGCAUAUGAUAAUGAUUUCGAGUGGAGUGACCAAGUAAAUCAUGACAUGAUGAUGAACACAGAACCAGUUCAAUUAAUUUCAAUGGCCGAAAAUUUCAAAAAGAAAAAAGCACACCAGAAGAAAACUUUUGGGAAUCACUCAAGAAAGCGAAAUCAGGAUGAAGACAUUUUUGCUACAUAUAAUAUCAAUUCAAGAGUACCAAGAGAAGGUCCCGAAAACAACAAACGAGUGGUGUGCUACAUGACCAGCUGGGCUUUCUAUCGGCGCGGCGACGGUAAAUUCGUUCCGGAGCAAAUUGAUACCAGACUUUGCACACACAUAGUUUACGCCUACGGGUCACUGUCACCCGAUGAGCUCGUCGCUAAAGAGUUCGACCCGUGGACUGAUAUUACCAACAAUUUAUAUGAACGUGUAACAUCUCUGAAAGACGUGACAGUCCUACUAGGAUUGGGAGGGUGGACAGACUCUGCCGGCGACAAAUAUUCGCGCCUAGUAUCUUCGAGUGCUGCACGAACUAAGUUUACAGAAAAGCUGGUGUCUUUCUUACGCAUGCAUAACUUCAGAGGUCUUCACUUAGACUGGAACUAUCCGGUUUGCUGGCAGAGUAAUUGUAAGAAGGGCGCAGCAUCUGAUAAAGCGAAUUACGCAAAAUUAAUACAGGAACUGUCUAAAGCUUUGCACGGCGCCGGAAUGGAACUAGGUGUAGCGAUAUCUGGAUAUAAAGAAGUGAUAGAAGCGGCAUACGACCUUGCUACUAUUUCUAAAGCCGCCGACUUCCUAAGCGCUAUGACGUAUGACUACCAUGGUGGGUGGGAAAGCACUACUGCGCACCACACGCCGUUGGUGCCUUCUCCGAAGGACACAAUCCCGCACUACUCUAUCGAGUACGCCGUGAAAGCUCUUAUCAGCGGAGGCGCAGACCCAAAAAAAAUACUCCUAGGUUUGUCAUUCUACGGCCAGACGUACAGACUCGCCACGACUGGCUCCAGUGGCCCGGGCUCUGCAGCAUCCGGCCCCGGCGAGCCCGGCGAAUUCACCAAGCAGCCCGGCAUGAUGGCCUACUACGAAAUUUGUUACCGAGUUAAAAAUCUGCGAUGGAAGACAGGACGCCAAGACAGAGCCGGUCCCUACGCGUAUUCAGAAAAUCAAUGGGUGGGUUAUGACGACCCGAAAUCCAUAACUGAAAAGGUAGAAUGGGCUAUGCGCCAAGGUCUGGGCGGAGUGACGGCGUGGGCUAUGGAUCUAGACGACUUCAACAACCGUUGCUGCGGGGAGCCGUGGCCGCUGCUGCGGGCUGCGGGCCGCGCCCUCGGCCGGCCCGUGCCCCAGCCCGCGGGCGCCUGCGAGCGCCCGCCUCAGCCCAUCACGCCGCCACCGCCUACGACAACCACCGUUGCGUCUGAUGGAUCCGCUGGCGGUGAUCACGUCCACCCCGGUCAUGACCAUCCGACUACGCAGACCACCUGGCCCGCUUGGAAACCGGAGAGCACCACCGCUACCACGGCACAGACGUGGUGGUCCCAGCCCACUACCAUGAAGCCAACAUCCACAACACCUACGACCGCGCAAACAUGGUGGUCGCAGGCUACCACUACUACGAUGAAGCCCACUACGACUGUCAGAACGACUACUACAAGAAGGGCGACCACUCAAUCAUCACAAUCUGCGGAAGGCAAACCUUGCACUGCGGGCGAAUACCGUGAGGCAGCAGGCGAUUGCGAAAGUUACCUACAAUGCGAGGGUGGUGUUUGGCGUAAGCAUCGCUGCGCACCCGGCCUGCAUUGGUCCGCCGCUACCAAGCGCUGUGACUGGCCCAGCUUCGCCAAGUGCUCAGCGACUUCAAGCAGCGAAUCAACUACAGCUACGAGCACACUCGCACCGAUUACGGCACGACCCCCGCCUAGACCUACCACUACAAGCAUACCUACCACUACUACCAGAGCUACCACUACCACCAGACGCACCACUACUUCCACUACUACGACUACGCGUAGACCAACUACUGAAGCAGCAAGUUCUGGGGAUUCCAUGGACGGAACACCAUGCAACGGCCAAACAUACAAGCCCGUAGCCGGAGACUGCAACGCAUACUUGCACUGCGACGGCUCCGUGUGGCGCCGGCAGCGCUGUGCCCCCGGCCUGCACUGGAGCCCUACGCAGAACUAUUGCGAUUGGCCCAAAUACGCCAAGUGUGAAAGUUCGUCAAGCACUCCGGCUGUGUUGCCGACCCGAACAACUAUUCGACUCCCAACCAGACCCCCUACCACUCCUCAGCCAAGCAACAUCCCAGCCGAAGACAGCUCGUGCGGUUCUGGCGAGUCGAUGACGCCGGCCAGCACCUGCGACGCGUACUUGCUGUGCGUGGGCGGCCGCUGGCGCAAGCAGCAGUGCCCGCCCGGCCUGCACUGGGACAAGCGUACCAACCGCUGCGAUUGGGCAGAGUUCGCCAUGUGCGAUGUCAAACCCGGUGCAACGAAAACUCCGCCUACAUCCACCAAGAGACCACAACAAUGGACCACCUCGAAGAAGCCUACUGAAAACCUCACGACCGCGCCUUCGCGCUGCCAAACCGGCACAUACCACCCGCACCCUCAGUGCGAGAAGUUCUACGUGUGCGUGAACGGACAGCUGGUGGCGCAGAGCUGUGCACCCGGGCUGGUGUGGGGACCCAACGGCCAGUGCGACUUCCCGCGCAAGGACUCGUGCGGCGACCGCCGGAACAUGCACCCCGCCGCGCCCGUCUCCAUGCAGCUCCAGGACCAGACAAAAAUUUGUGAAAAUGGCGAAUACGCCAAGGUGGAGGGAGACUGCACUCGCUACAGACACUGUCUCUUUGGAAAGUUCGAGGAGUUCCCUUGCAGUGCUGGCCUUCAUUGGAAUGAGGAAAAACAAAUCUGCGAUUGGCCCAAGAGCGCGAAAUGUAAAAGCAAGAGUGGAAUGACAACAACAAGGCCGAUGGUGGAAACUCCUUCCAAACCCGCCAUUGAUCACGAGCACACGGAGCACUUUGAACCGGCACGUCCAGUUGUUUCCACACCCACUCCCACACAACCAGAAGUGCCUAAUAAACCAUCUCUUCUAAAAACUAAAUACAAGGUAGUCUGCUACUACACGAACUGGGCGUGGUACCGACCAGGGCUGGGCAAGUACGGACCGGAAGAUAUCGACCCAACUCUGUGCACGCACAUCGUCUACGGUUUCGCGGUACUCGGCAGCGAUGGUCUCAUCACGGCGCAUGAUUCUUGGGCGGACUAUGACAAUCGUCUAUACGAACGGGUGGUCGAGUACAAGCGCUACGGUGUCAAAGUAUCCCUGGCUCUGGGUGGCUGGAACGACUCCGAAGGAGACAAAUACUCCAAACUGGUGAACGACCCCAUCGCUCGAGCCCGCUUUGUCACGCACGCUGUUCAGUUCAUUGAGACGUACAAUUUCGAUGGACUUGACUUGGAUUGGGAAUAUCCUAAGUGCUGGCAGGUGGAUUGCUCAAAGGGCCCUGAUUCCGACAAAGAAGGAUUCUCGGAUCUAGUUCGUGAGCUAUCGGCGUUAAUGAAACCUAAAGGCCUGCUUUUGUCAUCUGCUGUGUCCCCCAACAAGAAGGUCAUAGACGAAGGCUACGAUGUGCCUGUGCUGGCAAGAUACCUGGAUUGGAUUGCUGUGAUGACCUACGAUUAUCACGGGCAGUGGGAUAAAAAGACUGGACAUGUGGCGCCACUGUAUUAUCACCCUGAUGAUGAUACUACUUAUUUCAACGCUAAUUACACCAUCCACUAUUGGAUGUCUAAAGGUGCGCCAUCAAGGAAGCUCGUAAUGGGUAUUCCGAUGUACGGACAAACAUUCACGACCGGGGUCCAGUGGGACACGGAUCCAGACCUGCUUGGUAGAAAAGGUGCUAUCGGGUUGAACGUGCCCGCUGUUACAGGAGGCGAGGCGGGCGAAUACACUAGGGCCAAAGGUUUCUUGGCUUAUUACGAGAUUUGUGACCGAAUUAGGAAUCAAGGAUGGAUAGUGGAAAAGGAUCCUCACGGAAGAAUGGGCCCAUACGCUUACAAAGGCAAUCAGUGGGUCGGUUUUGAUGACAUAGAUAUUGUUAAACAGAAAACGGAGUUUAUUAAGUCUUUGAAUCUUGGUGGCGGUAUGAUUUGGGCACUUGAUCUUGAUGACUUUAGAAACAGAUGUGGACAAGGAAAACACCCAUUGCUCAACACCAUCAAAAAAGGUUUACUUAAUCCAAAAAUAGAAUUGGAGCCCAUUCAUCUACAGCCGACCUAUUCAUCAACCACAAGCAGACCAUCGAUAGAUGACUAUGAUGAUCUUGAUGACAUAGAAGUAAGGCCCGGUUAUAACAAACCGACCUGGACAACUACCGUGCGCCCUAUGAGACCUACUUCACAAAUGAGCCCUAUUGUACAAACUACCAAAAAACCUACAGUACCACAUGUUGAAGAAAGAUACAAAGUAGUCUGUUAUUACACCAAUUGGGCUUGGUACAGACCUGGACCAGGAAAAUAUACUCCGAGUGACAUCGAUCCUUCACUGUGCACUCAUGUUGUUUACGCAUUUGCUGUCCUCGACGCUGACACAUUAGUUAUGAAACCACACGACACAUCGUUGGAUAUUGAAAACAAAUUCUAUGAAAAGGUAACUGCCCUAAAAAGCCGAGGCGUUAGAGUCGUAAUUGGUCUAGGCGGCUGGAAUGAUUCUGCUGGCGACAAGUAUUCGCGUCUAGUGAAUAACCCGUCAGCUAGAAAGAAAUUCGUUGUUCACGCGAUAGACUUCAUUGAGCAGUUUGGCUUCGAUGGACUGGACCUAGAUUGGGAGUAUCCUAAGUGCUGGCAAGUGGAAUGCGAAAAGGGACCUUAUUCCGAUAAGCAAGGGUUUGCCAGCUUAAUAAAAGAGCUUCGCUCUGCUUUCGACACACGAGGACUUCUUUUAUCUACCGCCGUUUCUGGAAGCAAACGAGUCAUUGAUUAUGCAUACGAUGUGCCAACUUUGUCUAAAAACUUGGACUGGAUAGCGCUCAUGACGUACGACUACCACGGCCAAUGGGAUAAGAAGACUGGUCACAUUGCACCCAUGUAUGCUCGCGAGGACGACGAUGACUCUACUUUCAACGCUAACUUCACUGUCAACUACUGGAUCCAGAAAGGUGCAGCUCGACAGAAGCUAGUUCUGGGAGUGCCCAUGUACGGACAGUCUUUCUCUCUCCUGGACAACUCUGCGAACGGCUUAAGCGCACCCGCAGACGCUGGCGGUGAUCCUGGAGACGAGACUAGAGCCAGGGGCUUCUUAGCAUUCUACGAGAUAUGCGAACGCAUUAGAGUUUAUGGCUGGCGAGUGGUCAAAGACUAUGGCGGACGCAUGGGUCCAUACGCAACGCGCGACGACCAGUGGGUUUCAUUUGACGACGAUUUCAUGGCACGCCACAAAGCGGAGUAUGCACGUGCAAUGGGACUGGGAGGAAAUAUGGUGUGGGCUCUAGACUUGGACGACUUUACGGGCCAGUACUGCGGCUGUGGCAAGAGUCCGCUGUUGAGCAGUAUAAAUCACGUGCUGAGAGGCAAGCAGGCUCCACCACCUUGUGAACUGCAGGAAGUACCGGGGGCAACAGUACCAACAGCUAUCACAGAAGGUGCAAUAACCGAUACAUCCAGUGAAGUGGAGUCCGGUGAAUCUGCGCCAGCUAUUCCUGAAAUAGACUCGGACAUUGAGACAAGUGGCUAUCUCGAUGGCAGACCUUGCUCUGGAAUGAUGUUUAAAGGCGAUGACACUAAUUGCAAUAAAUAUUACCUAUGUUUCAAUGGAGUAUACAUGCAGCUUACUUGUCCGGAUGGUUUACUUUGGAAUGGAAAUCACUGUGAUGAACCACAUAAAUCCCGAUGCAGGACCAAAACGAAUCUAAGAAUAACUGCAGGGGAAGGAACUGUCGUGGACUCGAAUGAAAAACCGAUUGUUGGGUGUUAUUUCACUGACUGGGCAUAUUACAGACGUGAAAAUGGAAGUUUUGGUCCGGAUCAAUUAGACGUUUCUAUGUGUACCCAUGUAAUUUAUGCCUGGGCCCAUCUUGACAAGAAGUCUUUCAAAAUAAUGCCUGGAAAUUCGGAACUAGACGUAGGAUAUGACUUCUAUGGAAAAGUUACAAGUCUCCGGCAUACUGGAGUGAAGGUGAUCUUGGGCGUCGGUGGUCUCGAAGACUCAGAGGAAGAAAAGUGGCAUGAAAUGGCUUCAACCUCACAAAACAGAAAGAAGUUCAGCAGAUCUGUUUACAAAUUCUUGCGGAAAUGGAACUUUGAUGGGUUGCAAAUUGCCUGGCAGUAUCCUGGUUGUCAUCAGGUCCCAUGCUCAUCAUAUAGACAACUCGCAGAGCGGGAUAACUUCAGCUCAUUGCUGAUAGAGCUAUCGCAAAAGCUUCGGUCUCACGCCAUGGAGUUAUCCGCAAUGGUCGCGGCAUCACCUGAAAUUGCUUCUACUGCUUACGAUCACGCGGUGCUCAAAGAUAAUGUUGACUGGCUAGCAAUCGCUGCUAAUGAUUACUACACUACUUCCAGUGGACGGACUGGAUAUUUGGUGCCUUUAGAGACAACGGAACAGUGGGACAAUAACUUCAACGCAACUGUAGAAUACUGGUCUAGCGUAGUACCAGGCAGACAGCUAGUGCUUGGAAUCCCAGCUUAUGCCAGGACGUACUCGCUAAGAACGGUGACCAAUCGCGAGGUGGGCGCGCCAGUAUUCGGCCCUGGUGCACCUGGACCCUUCACCGGAGUUCCAGGCUUUUUAGCUUAUCAUGAGCGCUGCGCCUUCAAGCCAGAAGACUGGCAUGAGACUCGCACUCGCAAAGGCACGUAUGCCGUAUAUGGAUCGCAAUGGGCGUCAUACCUGCUUCCGGAGGAAGUGCACCUGAUGACGUCACUGGGCAUGCGCGCGGGCCUGCGCGGCGCCGCGCUAUGGGCCAUGGACCUCGACGACUGGCGCGGCGCGUGCUCUUGCGUGCCGCGGCCACUCCUGACAGCUAUGAAGCAAGCCGUUCAUGAACCGCUGUUAGCACCUUCCUUGUGUAUAUAGAAGUUUAUAAUCAUUUCGAAGAUUAGUGAUAAUUUUAGAGUAAACUCAGGAAGCAUUUUUUACCAUAGUAAUUAGAUUUCUUUGACACGAGAAAACAAUAAAAACAUUUAGAACAUAUGUUCGUCCAUUAGUAGAUAGCGUACAUUAUGAUUAAUUAUGAUCUCCUUAAACAUAGCUGGGCAUUAACUCGAUUAUCCGUUAAUCGGUAAUUAACGAAGUUAACAUUUUGAUUAACAGAUUAACUUUUAAGUUAACUUCAAAAGUGUUCACGGACUCAUUAACUUCCGUUACAUUUUCCUAAGUCCGUUAAUCGUUAAUCGCGCCGCACUGCUCCGCAAAAAACUAGUCUUGGCCGCGUAGCCAACAUGCAAAUCGCUUACGCUCCGUAGCAAUCGAAACGCAACUGUCACUGUCGCAAUAAUAUGGAAGAGUGAUAGAGAGAUCUAAAUAGGCGAAUUGAUACAGUGGCGAAUUGUAUUGCUACUCAUUGGAACAUUUUCUUCAAGGAUAUUAUACUACUAUUAAAAAUAUCAAAAUCUGUUAGUUCUUCACGUUCAUUAAAAAGUCUGCAAGCACGUCUAAUAAACAUAUUACGAGCACAACAUGUUUUGCUAAUAGGGAGAGAGAACAAUUCCUUUCUGCGCCAUUGAGUAUACGGGCACGAGGGACCAUGAGAUAAACCAUUUCAAGUAAGGAAGGGAUUUCUAAUUUGAAUUAAGUAUUUUGUAUAAUAAAACAGAAUCUGCGAAGUCACGCCGAUUACUGAGUGGCUGCAUUUUGUGGCGUCGUAAGGAAUCGGCAUAAUUAACAUAAUUAUUUCCAGUUCUAAAAUCAAGCGACUUUAUAAACUUCUUUUGGAGCUUUUCAAUUCUAUCGAUAUGUAUAGAAUGAAAAGGCUUCCAAACGGUACAAGCAAAAUCAAGACGGCUACGGACAUAAGGUAGAAGUACUAGUGCUCGACGCUGCACUAGUACUCGACAUGAGCACUUUAUGUCAAAGUGACAAGGAUUAAGUUCGAAUACAGAAAAAUCUUCGUUGUUCAAAUUUAACCUAUAUUUCCAUGAAAUAAAGUGUCCAUGUCGAUGACUAGUGCAGCGUCGAGCACUAGUACUUCUACCUUAGCUGUUGUAAAGUAUUUUAUAAGUUAAUGAAUUUUUUAAGGGUUUUCCGACACGUAAAAUAAAACCUAAAUGUUUAAAAGACUUUUUUAGUAUAUUUUCUAUAUGAGGAAUGAAUGACAAUUUUGCAUCCAUUGUUACACCAAGAUCCCUAAUUUCAGUAACUCUGUUUAAAAUUUCAUCGCAAAGUGUAUAACAAUAAUCUAUAUUUUUCUUUUUUCUUGAGCAUGUUAUAACAGUACAUUUAUCAUUAUUUAGGAAAAGAUUAUUAUCGAAGCAGUAUCUUUUAAGAUUUAGUAAAUCCUGUUGUAAUAGGUCACGGUCCGAAGGACUUUUCAUUACUCUAAAUAUUUUAGUAUCAUCAGCAUAAAGUAAUACGUUCGAAAAUUUCGAACGUUUCAAAGAACGUUCGAAAGUUUUUUUUUUUUUAGUCUGUGAUAUCGUUUAUAUAUAACAUAAAAACAGAAAGAGUGCAAAAGUGUGAGAGUAAACGGUCCAAAUUAAAACCAUAUUCGCAUUCCAAUUUAUACGUGGCCGUAUUUGAGGGACUAGGUAUGUUUAUUUUGUAUUAAUCUUUACCUACGGCGAAAAUAUAAAUUUCGUUAUUUGCCUCUAGAGUAGAGAGGUGAUAGAUCACUCUUGCAUAUACGAGCAAUAGAGAGGUAAAUACCUUUUCUAUUUUCACGGUGGCCUUUAGAUGAUUAAAUUACACAUCCUAAUUGUUCACGUCUUUUUAGGAUUCCGUAGUUAACUAGAAAACCUUAUAGUUUCACCAUGUCCGUUUGUCUGUCUGUCCAUCCGCGCAAUUUCUGUUGCUUAAUUUUUGUUGCGUGUUAACGGAUUAACGAUUAACGUUAACUUGCGUUGUCUUCCGAAAUGUAACGGUUUAGCGGUUAUCGAACUUAACUUUUUUUAUUAACGGAUUAGCGAUUAACGAAGUCAAUUAUUUGAUUAAUUAUACCCAGCUACGUCCUUAACAUUCUGUAUUUUUAAAUUAAUUUAUAAACGUAUAUCAGAUCUAAAAUGCCGUAAAUUGUUUUCUUCUGUUAACGAUGAAUCUUAUAUUAUUAUGAUAUAAGCAGGUAAUAGUUAUUUACGAUACAAGUGCGAAAAAUAGGAAAUUCGUAACGAGUGACUAUAAAUUAAAACACGACCGAAGGGAGUGUUUUAAAUCAACACGAGUUGCGAAUUACCUAUUUGCACAUGUAUCGUACAACGUUUUACAGUACAUAUGACCCUUUAAAUUUUCGACAUAGUUACAUAAUGUACUAAUUUACGCACUAGUGCGGAAAAGUAGUACCAUAUGUACUGUAAAAAUUAUUGUCCAUUGUAUGGACAUAAACAUAUUGGUGAAUUUUGUGCCAACUAUUUCUAAAUGAGAUUGAAAAAUACUAGAAUGUACUGAUAGCAUAAUAAGUAUGUACAGAAAUAUUAAUGUGAUAUUUUUUGUAGAAUAUAGAAAGUUUCUAAAUAAAACAUUGCUUUUACUUUUAUUCCUGAUACAUAAUAAUACCUACCUACCUAUACCUACAUAAAAGUUAACGUACUUACAUUUAUUAUUUAAGAUUGAAGUGUCCCCCACGAUU